ACCGAGCGCGCUCUCGUUGCAGGCAGGCGGGCGAUGUGCCGGAGGAGCAGCGGUGCACGGUGUUGAGAACCGACGGCUCCAUGAGCCCCGCGCUCUUCCUGCAGCGGUUCGCCUUCUCCCGGCCCGUCAUCCUCCGCGGGGUCACCGACAACUCGGCUUUUCGGGCCCUCUGCACCCGCCAGAAGCUGCUUGCUGCCUACGGGGAGCGCCUGGUGCGGCUCAGCACGGCCAACACGUACUCCUACCGCAAAGUGGAUGUCCCCUUCCAGGAGUACGUGGAGCGGCUCCUGAAGCCGCAGGACCCAGCAGCGCUGGGCAGCGACACCCUCUAUUUCUUCGGGGACAACAACUUCACUGAGUGGGGAUCCCUUUUCCAGCACUACGUGCCACCACCUUUCCACAUCCCAGGCACCAGCGGAGCCUACAGCUUUGGGAUUGCAGGCUCAGGCUCUGGCGUUCCCUUCCACUGGCACGGCCCCGGUUACUCCGAGGUGAUCUUUGGCAGGAAGCGCUGGUUCCUCUACCCACCCGAUAAAACACCCCACUUCCACCCCAAUGAGACCACGCUGGCCUGGCUCCAGCACACCUACCCCACGCUGCCACCAGAGGAACGACCACUGGAGUGCACCAUCCGGCCCGGCGAGGUGCUGUAUUUCCCUGACCGCUGGUGGCACGCCACGCUCAACCUGGACACCAGUGUCUUCAUCUCCACCUUCCUGGGGUAGCACCAGGUGCCCACAUUCCACUGUAUCUGAGGACUGCCACCAACAUCCCAGAGCAUCCCAUGAGCUUGGGACCAGGGCAGUGCCAACAGCCGCCCCUCAAACCCUGAUUUUGGGACCAAGCACCUGAACUGUGGUUUUUAACUGGGUUUUUCACACGCGCUUGGAUUAAACUUGACACACCAAUGUA